GGUCAAGAGUUCGAGUCAGGCCAGCCGUGCUGGGAGUACCUGCAGCCACCACCAUGGCUAUGCAAUGCAGGCAGAGCCGGGGCGUGCGCUCUGUGCUGGGCGCCAUGGAGUUCGGGCGGCGGGUGGGCACAGAGGCCAGUGGGAUCAUGCUGAGAGCUUUCUUGGACCGUGGGCACUGCGAGCUGGACACCGCCUACGUGUAUGCAGGGGGCGAGUCGGAGCGCAUCCUGGGUGUCCUCCUGGCUGCGGAGCCCACACCGGCAGUCAAAGUGGCCACCAAGGCCAAUCCGUGGGACGGCAAGACCCUGAAGGCAGAGAGCCUCCGCUCCCAGCUGGAAACAUCCCUCCAGAGGCUGCAGAUGAAAAGUGUGGACCUCUUCUACCUUCAUGCCCCCGACCACGAAACACCUGUGGAGGAGACUCUGCAGGCCUGCGACAAGCUGCACAAAGAGGGGAAGUUUAAGGAACUCGGCCUCUCCAACUAUGCUGCUUGGGAAGUGGCAGAGAUUUGUACGCUCUGCAAAUCCCACAACUGGGUCCUGCCCACGGUGUACCAGGGCAUGUACAACGCCACCACACGCCAAGUGGAGCUCGAGCUUCUGCCAUGCCUUCGCCACUUUGGAAUCCGUUUCUACGCCUACAAUCCUUUGGCAGGAGGCCUUUUGACUGGGAAAUACAAAUACACAGACAAAGACCAGAGUCAGCAGCCAACGGGCAGGUUUUUCGGCAAUGACUGGGCCCAAAUCUACAGGGACAGGUACUGGAAGGAGCAUCAUUUCCAAGGUGUAGCCUUGGUUGAAAAGGCGCUCCACGAGGUGUACGGAUCAAACCCACCAAGUAUGACCUCAGCUGCUCUGCGCUGGAUGUAUCAUCACUCAAAGCUCCAGGCUGCCCGUGGGGAUGCCGUGAUCAUCGGAAUGUCCACCAUGGAGCAGCUGCAGGAGAACCUCAAAUGCAGCGAGGAGGGUGCCCUCCAGGCAGGCGUGGUGGAAGCCUUUGAGAAGGCCUGGCACCUCAAUGCCCACGAGUGCCCAAACUACUUCCGCUGAGCUGGAGCCAGCAGGCCAAGACAUAAACGAUGGGCCUCAGCGAUCGGCUGCUCGUUCUAAGGGCAUCGGCAUCACUGUAUUCUUGCUGCCAAGGAGUCUCACCUCUUCUGCCCCUCCUUCUUAGGUGUAAAUGCUGGGCUCCUGCCAUCGUUGCCUUCGUCCAAUGGCAUUCCCCUCCCCCAGCUGAAAAAUCAGUAUAAAUGGGUUUUGAUAGGUUUGCUCUGCCUUUCCACUGAAAAGGGAUGUACGUUUUGCGAACCUUCCAAUAAUUAUGAUUUAUGCAAGAAAUGGACUAUUACUUUACUGCUUUGAAAAAAAAAAUCUUUACCCAGUUCUGAAUAAAUAGUUUCCUAAAUGAA